AUGUAUAGCACCGUCCAGAGGCUCAACCACCUCUCCUCCCUCGCCACCACCUACCUCCUUGCCCUCCUCGCCCUCGUCUCCCUCGCCUCCUUCCUCGCCCAGCCUCCAGUCUCCGUCGGCAGCGUCCAUGUCAAAGACCUCAUCCUUACCAAGGGCCGGCUCAACCGUUUGGGAGCAAGGCCAGAAGAGCUGGCGUCUCUGCGCUUCGACAUCCGUACCGACCUGAACCCUCUUCUCAACUCGUACAAUACCAAGCAGCUCUUUGUAUACCUCACCGCGACUUACGAAGAAGAGUCGUCUUCAGCGGUUCAUGACGUGGUCCUCUGGGAUCGGAUCAUCACGCGGAAGAAGGGAAGGGGUAAUGUGCGAGUGGAAGAUGGCAAGAACAAGUAUCAAUGGCACAACCCAUCGCAUACUUUCAAGGACAUUCCAACAGCAAACUUUACCCUCCACUAUUCCCUGAUGCCAUAUGUCGGCGUACUGUCCUCUGGCGUGGCCGCGGUUGCCGAGGGGCCGGUCGCUAUUCCCGAGCUUAUAAAGAGAUGA